UAAUUCGUAAGCGGAACAGGUUUCUGUUUCCGAUGAGACGCCUGUCUAUCCUAUUGAAAUUAGUAAAUCGUAUUGAAAAUGGAAAACGUUUGCCUUGAAAGUUUAAUCUUAAAGUUGCAUGAUGUUCAGGCCGUGAAAUUCGGAACGUUCACGCUGAAGAGUGGAAUAGCGUCGCCGAUUUAUUUUGAUCUCAGAGUUAUUGUUUCCUAUCCAUCUCUCAUGAACCAGGUUGGUAAACACGUGCUUCCCAUGAGUGGCACUGUAUUGGAAACAACAUCUACAGUAUUUAGUCUGUUCGGAGGCAAUCGAACCAAGACCAACUAGUUGUAAAAUAUGUAUGUUAUGAGUUUAUGUUGGAGUUUGUUGGCGUUUGUUUUGUCUUUAGGUGUCAAGUUAUCUUUACCAACGCGCCAAAGAUGAGGACUUGAAAUACAACUCACUGUGUGGUGUACCAUACACUGCUCUGCCCCUGGCUACAAUAAUCUGCUCCAAACACGAGCUGCCUAUGCUCAUCAGAAGAAAAGAAGCCAAAGACUAUGGUGCGAUUUCAUGACUGGUCAAAUGUGAUUAUUCUCAUUAUGACAGUGUUUUUUGCUGCAUCCCAUCAGUUCAGUCAACAGUUAAAAUGCUGUAGUCUAACACUUGCUAGUUAUUUACAUUAGAUUUCAGAUCUCUCAUAUCAGACAUCUAUCAUCUCUUGAUUCUAGGAACUAAGAAGAUUAUAGAGGGGACCAUUCACCUUGGAGACACGUGUCUGAUCAUCGAGGAUGUAGUGACCAGCGGCAGCAGCGUCAUGGAGACGGCCCUGGUGCUCCAGGCGGAGGGGUUAAAGGUCACUGACGCCAUCGUGUUGAUGGACAGGGAGCAGGGAGGUAGGGCCAUGCUGGCCAAGAAGGGCAUCACGCUCCACUCCGUCAUCUCCAUCUCCAAACUCCUCGAUGUCCUGCUCCAGGCGGAGCGCAUCGAUUCUUCCACGGCCCAGAGCGUGCGCAGGUUCAUCCAGGAGAACAACACUUACAAGCCCUCUGGGGAGGAGGAGAAGAACGGCUCGCCUACGGCUAAGAAGCCCAGCAAGCUGGCGGAGCUGAGCUAUGGAAACAGGGCCCAGCUCCAAACCACACACCCUCUGGCCGCCCAGCUCUUCAGGCUGAUGGAGGAGAAGAAGACCAACCUGUGUGUGUCGGCGGACGUGACAGGCUGCGAGGAGCUGCUGCAGCUGGCUGACUCUCUGGGGCCUCAUAUGUGCGUGCUGAAAACUCACGUGGACAUCCUGCAGGACUUCAGCCCAGCAUUCAUCCAGUCCCUCAGAGACCUGGCCGUCAAACACAACUUCCUCAUCUUUGAGGACCGCAAGUUUGCUGACAUCGGGAACACGGUCAAGCACCAGUAUGAAGGUGAUUAGUGGGCACACUGAUUUUGCAUCGCCGUUUGCCCCAGGUGGGUGGAGAUUUCACUUUAGGACCAAAAGAAUGGUCUAAAAUGUGCAAUCUCCGCCCACCCAGGGCACCGAGCGAUGCAAAACUAAUGCACCCAUUUUUUUAAUGGAUGCAUGGUCUAACUCCAGCAAAUAAGGGCCAUUGUUUUACUGUAUUUGUCCCCUAAACCUUUGAAACAUGCUUUUGAAUCCUAAUCCAUCCUAAUGAAUGCCUGGUUGCUAGUAUUUCUAAGUCUCCUGACUGUUGUGUGUUUUCCUCUGUAUUUUUCAGGUGGGCUCUACCAGAUCUCCUCGUGGUCUCAUAUGGUGAAUGCCCAUGCGGUGCCAGGCCCUGGGGUGGUAGAGGGGCUCAGUGUGGUGGGCCUCCCACUGGACCGCGGCUGUCUCCUCAUAGCUCAGAUGAGCUCCCAGGGUUCCCUAGCAACAGGGAACUACACGCAGGCUGUGGUAAGCAAACGCUCCAGCCAGCUGUUCCUCAGUGAGAAUGCCAUGACAACAGAAUGUUCUGUCCCUUUCUCUUACCUCCCACCACCCUCUGCAAUGUGUCCCAUGCAGGACAUACUGUCACCUCGCAGGGCAACAGUGAAAGCCUGAUACGUUUCAGUAUGUUUUAAUGAUGUUUGCAUACAUAGUGUAAUUUUUCCAUUCCAAAAUAGAUGAAUUCUUCCAUCAUCAGGCAGUUUAACUGAAGUACUAGUUGAUUACCUUAAUGUAAUCCUUAAUAUUUCAUCCUUGAGGAUUUAAUAUGAUUGUGUCUGUCAUCCCUAUAGGUGAAAAUGGCUGAGGAGCACUCUGACUUUGUGUUUGGGUUCAUCUCUGGCUCCAAGAUCAGCAGCAAGCCUGAGUUCCUACAUAUGACUCCAGGGGUGCAGAUGCAGUCAAGAGGUACUACAUUCUCUACCUGCUAACCACAUCAUUCAUCCUGUCCAGUGUUCUUUAUGGUGUUUUACCAACAACAUUCUCAGGCAAUUUUCUUCCUGACAUAAUCUCUCCUUGCCACUAGAUGGUGCUAUUGUCCAAGAAAUAUAGACUGGAUCAUUUGUCAUCUUGGUUGUGACUGUAAUCGCACCCUAUUACCUACAUAGUGCACUGCUUUUGACCAGGGCCCUAUGUAGGUAAUAGGGUGCCAUUUUGAAUGCAGCCCUUGAUUCCAGAUAUAACUGUAGGGUGGCGUUUUCUUCAGCACCACACUGUUCAUUGAUCAUCUCCCUGCUUUCUUAUUCAGGAGACGGUCUGGGGCAGCAGUACUCCAGUCCUGAUGAUGUGAUCUGUAAAAAAGACUCUGACAUCAUCAUCGUUGGCCGUGGUAUCCUGGGGGCCUCUGAUAGGGUGAAGGCUGCUGCAGAGUACAGAGAGGCAGGCUGGAACGCCUACGUCAAGAGACUCACCGCAUCAAGCCAAUGAAAAGUCAAACAAUAGGGAUGCGUCCCAAAGGGCACCCUUAUUCCCUGUAUAGUGCACUACUUUUGACUA